GAGACAAUAUAGAAAAAAUUCCUCUAGUACUUAAACAAAAUAAACAAGAAUUAAUCUUUGUAAGAUAUGAUAAGAGUGUUUUUUAUUCAAAUAAUAGAAAACGAGAGAUUUGGAUACCAGAUAGGAACAUGCCAUUGCGAAAAAAAGGAAAUGAAAGAUCAAUUAUGGUGAGCAAGUUUUUUUUAGAAGAAUAUAAACAAAUUAGAGAUAAAGCGAUCUCUAUUUUUGAAGCAAAGUUUUCUAAUACAACAGCUGUCUUUGCUUUUGACAAUAGUACAAACUAUAGAGUAUAUACAGAAGAUACUCUUAUUGCUAUAAGAAUGAAUCUAAAACUUAGAGAAAACCAACUAAAAAUAUUUGAAGAAGAUGAAGAUUAUGAUGAAAAUAUG